AAGACACAUUCGUCUCUCUCUCUCUCUCUUCCGCUUCAAAGAGCUAACAACUUUUUGUUUUCUGAAAUGGCAACAGAAGAAAUGAAACCGGAAACUAAGAAAACAGAACAGAAGCAAUCCCCACAAGUCAAAGAUCUUACUCCACCAAGCCUUGCUCUUCCAUACAAGACAUGCAACUUGAAGGUUUCCAUUCACUGCGAAGGCUGCAAAAGAAAAGUGAAAAAAAUCCUUACCAGCAUUGAAGGUGUUUAUAGAGUGGACAUUGAUGUGAAGCAGAACAAUGUAACGGUGAUGGGAAUUGUCUCACCAGAGAUUCUGUUAAAGAAGCUUCACAAGGCAGGCAAAAACGCCGAUCUAUUGCCGGAGAUACCCGACCCGGUAGAGAACAAACCCCAUGACCCGAAAGAGAAUAAACCCGUCGACCCGAAAAAGAAGAAUAAAAAGAAAAAAGAAGAAAAACCGGAAAUAACCGAUAAAGUUGCCUCUUCCGGUUCUGAUAAACCGGAAUCUGAAAAACCUGCCGGCGCCGGAGAGUGUAGUUCCGGCGACAGCAGUGAAGCUUGUGUUCCAGUGAAAGAGGAUAAAUGCAAAAAGAAAGACUCUGCUCCGGCAGAUUCUCCGUCACCUUCACCGGAGACGGCACCGACGGAAGAGAAGAAAGCUGAAGAGAGUAGUGGCAGUGUUGGUAAAAAGAAGAAAAAGAAAGGGCAAAACAUGAGCAGUGUUAACAAUCCUAACGGUGGACCCGGCCGUACUAGAUCACUUCCUUCACCCAUUACUACUCCUGCAGCAGAAGAUCACGACCGUUUAAUCAAUCAACCAGAUGGCCAUCAAAUGCCAACCAAUAACAUUGCGCCACGUCAGGAUAUGUAUCCCUAUCCACCAAGCUACUAUGCGCCGCAGGUUAUGUAUGGCGUAAGCUAUAACGUUGCUCAACCUCCGUUGAGCGUAGACGCUGCAUCGUAUUACUCACAUGCGCCACCUCAUUCCUAUGCGUAUAUGCACCCUGGCUAUCUACCGCCCGAUCAAAACCCGUAUCCAUCUCGACCGUCCGAUUCGUUUGAGUUAUUCAGCGAUGAGAACCCAAAUGGUUGUUCGGUGAUGUGAUUCUGAACGAAGGAUGCAAUUACUAAAAUGACCUUGAACUUUCGCUUAUACGCCUUGUAUGAUUAAAAGGUGGUCUCGUAUUUGAUAGUUGUUGUACACGUGAAAGUGAGUUAGUGGUCUAAUGAAACCUUCAUUGUUAGGUUUUGAAACUAUGAUUAUGUUUGGAUAAAGUUAAGAUGUUGUUUUUUUCUAGCUUUUGUUUAAAUUUAAUGGUUUUAGAUCCUUUGACCUAACUUUUGCUCUAUUUUUUUUGCUUUAUUAUUUGUUUUCCA